AGUUGGCUCGAGCUCUCCGAACCAUGGUGCUUCGGGUGGUGGGAAAGCGCGCUGCGGGCGCCAGCCAGGUGGUGAAAAACAACCAGGCCAAAGCGCCUACAACUCCUCGACAAAGUGCCAGGAGUGAGGCCACCUCAGAUGGAGACUGUGAAUUCCAGAGCAGAAAAUCCGAAAGGCACCGAACGUUUGGUUGGGUUGAAAUCGAACCUGGGUUGGAAGUGGAGGCACUGGAGCCCACGGACGUUCUUAAAGAACAUGGUGUUCCAGAACGCGUCAUGCUAUCGUAUUUGAAAGGGGAGAUUGAAGGUGAAGCCGCGGUCAAGAACCUGCCAGCCGCGAUUCUGCUGAUUGUUUGGUUCUUGCUGAUGAACUUGUCUCAUGAGCUUCCGGAGACGAUUCAGAGCAUCGAAAAGGCCAUUGAUUUUGAUAUCGCAGAGAAUGCAAACUUCGCAUUUUCUAGCCCGCUGUAUAUGGGGCACAAGAACUAUGAAGAUGUGAACACCUUCGCAGAUUGGUACUCCUGGAUGAGGGUAGGCUUUUCCGCCAUCUACUUUCCAAUGGAUGCGUCUGUUUCAGAGGGAGCCGAAUACAGUCUUGGACAGCUCACUUUUGACGAAGCGAGUACGUAUUUGCAGCAUAAUCGGAAGAUUGGCGACGUGAUUCUGACGCAGCAGAGGCUCUUCGACUCCGAUUGCAGCAAUCCUCUAGUUAGCAAUGCCUUGAGCUUGAACUGCCGAAGCUUCAUCGGCUUGGACCUACGGCUGAAGCCCACCGAGUUGGACGUGAGCCAAUCGGGCAAGGAGUUUGAUGAGAAUGCAGAUCCCAGCAAGACAACGACCUUGAAGUAUUUGAUGGAAUUUCCACAAGUGAAUGUGAGUCAGCAGCUCGAGCAGCUCGAACAGACGCGUUGGCUCGACAACAGCACCUACCGCGUGAAGGUGUCGUUCAUGACGUACAACCAGAUCUAUGAUGUUCUGACGACGACCCACAUCCACUUCAUGUUUGCGAUUUCAGGGCACAUUUUCAAACAGAUUACUCACCGGUCCAUGAAAUUGGCGGCUCAUUCCAGUUGGGAGAGUUGGGUCUUCGAGGUCCUCUUCUUUGGACACAUCACGGUCCUCUUCGUGUGCGAAGCCUUUGAAGCAAUUUGCACCUUGCGAGAACAUCGUUACAAUGUUCUUCGCGCAUGGAAAGAGUAUUGGAAUUUCUGGAAUGUGGUGGAUUGGGUCUCCAUUUGCUUGGCCUAUGCGAUUUUGAUCACCUGGAUCAUCCAGUGCGUGGAGCAGGAUGCCAUCUCGGCGAAGCUGGAGGUUUGGGAGCCGAGCGCUCGCGCUGCGAGGGAUUUUUGCGAAGAACUUGGAGCCCAGAGAGGCUGUGAGGGAGUUUCUCCCAAACACUUGGAGUGGUGCACGCUAAUGGCCACUAAUAAUAUGAGAUGUGGGUGUGCACCAGUGGGGGGACUUUGCCAGGAUAGUUUCAAUCACUCAGUUGGCUGGUCUUGCCACAGUACAUGUUGCAAGGAUUACUUGGGUCUUCAUUCUCUCUGCCGAAGCUCAGCUGGCUAUGGCAGCACUGCAUGUGAUCAAGCCCAAAGCUAUGAUAUUGCGCUCUUCACGCAAGUGGAAGAACUUGGAUAUCAGAUCAGGAGCAAUCGAUGGAUCUCGGGAUUCUAUCCCGUUUGCAUCAUGAUGCGACUGUUCAAAGCCUUUGCUGCACAACCGCGCUUGGCCAUCGUGACCAAGACCUUAGCCUUGGCGGCGAACGACUUGACGCACUUUGGGAUUGUGUUCUUGUCCAUUUUCUUCACUUAUGUUGCCAUGGGAAUGGCCUUCUUUGGAAGAGAAGUGGAGUCUUUUGCAUCCUUCGACCGUGCCUGCCUCGCACUUCUGGAAGCUUUGAUGGGUGAGUUUAGCGUGGAAGAAAUGGAGCUGAGCGGUCGCCCAGUUGCCUUCUUCUUUUUUGGUACCUACAUGAUGGCAGCAGUCCUUCUCUUGCUCAACAUGCUCAUUGCCAUCCUCAUGGACGUCUAUGGGCAGGUUGCAGCAGGGUCUCGGACGAGCGAGUCGCUGUGGCAUGAAUGCUGGGAUAUCAUGCGGCGUGGCGCACGCAAGUGGACCGGAGAGCACACUCCACUCUCCCAGGUGGUGAAGAAGUAUAUGGAAAUUCACGGCAAGGAGUGCCUGGAAAGUGAUAAAGUGAUUUACGUCGAUGACGUCAUGGCCGCUGUACCAGGUCUGAACCGAAAGCAAGCAGAAGAGGAAAUGACCUCGGCCCUCGAAGAGUAUGCCCUGGAGAACUCUCCGGACAUUCAAAUUUCCGAGGUGAUUUCUACCAUGGGCAAGUACUUCGGCGGUCAAGUUGCUCCAGCAGUUUCACCAGAGGAGCUUGAGGACAUUUCAAGGCAAAUGGCCGGCUGUCCGCCUACCCGCGGCGCUCUGGCCAGCUCUGAUGUCUCUGACAACUCGGUACAACAAGCAGCCGAGGGGCUGGUCGGGGCAGGGAUUUCUGUGGAAGUCCUUCUGAAAGCUGCUGGGAUCAUUCUUGACAGACACGAGCCAGAAUGGAGUGAGACCAGUCGAGCACAAGUCACGGCUUUGCGGCACGUGAUCUCCUCUGCCGAAUUACUGUGCCGCGAAGACAAGACGAUCAUGAUGUGUCAACUUUGAUCGCGGCGAGACGCGAUCGUUUGCUGAGCCUUUUUUUCUCCAACAGCCACAAGGUUUUGCGCGUCGAGAAACUGCUGUCAUCUGUGAUGUCCAGCACUCUCUCUCUCUAGUUGUCUGACCCGAAGGGUAACGGACCAAUAGUGAGGAGCACAAUUGUGCAGCACCACGCUUUUUGCGGCAGUGGAAUUUCCGGGCUUUGCAACUUGAUUCAAUGAUUUUCCGUUGG